AUGCCUAAAAAAUACGCAAAGUCGACGAUGGGUGCCAUGGCCGCAAGGAACACGAGGGUGGCCAACGCGGCAAAAAAGGCAGUGCAGGACUUCAAAAUGACAGUGACGAACAUACUCAGAGAGGGCUCCGCGCACGAUAAAAUGUCGAACAUCCAGAGGAAGAAAAUACUGAAGGAUGUUCAAAAUAUCCAGGAGGAAGCCUCGAAUAUACUGACGUCGUUGUACGAGUACUCGGAAGAAUUGAGAGAAAAGAAUGUAAGUAAAGAUAAUAUUUGGAAAACUGAGUCGUUUAUACUGUACGAUAGCUUGCUGGACGAGUUUAAGCAGCACAUGAGUAAACUCGAGGAUUUGCAAAAUAAACUGGUAAAUUAUCAAAAAUCGCUAACGAAUUCAAUAUCCGACAUCAAGCACGACAUAUACGUGGACGAGGAUGAGAAGAUGGAGUUGGAGCAGGAGCAGCUACUUGAAAAUAUAGUGGAGUAUCCUUUAGAGAAUAAUAUAUUGCAAGAACGAUCGCAGCAGAUUAAAGACCUAAGGUCCUCCGUGCACGGUAUACAAGAUAUGUAUGUUGAAAUCGGAGACAUGGUGGAUUACCAAGGGGAUCAACUAGACGAUAUUGAAAACAAUAUGCUAAAUGUAGUAUUCGAUUCUAGAGUGGCUAAUCAAAAUUUGAGAUCCAUAGAUCGCAGUACCUCUACAUUGCCAAAAACAACGUAA